CUCCCAAACGAAGAAUGAAGAACUCUGUCGAUCUAAAAUGGCUUCUAUCCUUCUCUCUCUUUUUCAUCAUCGUCCUAAAUUCAUCAUCUGCAACUACUGAAACACCCCAAGAACCAUUCUCUCUCAAUCUCUUACUCAACAAGCUCUUUCAAUGGAGAAAACCACCAUUGAAACAAAAUCAAAUUACACAGCCAAUGUUCUCAAUCCGGACAAUUUUAGCGGCACUACUAAUCUCGGCUGCUGCCUCUAUUUCCAGCGCCCGAGGAAUCGGUGGAGGGGGUCUAUUUGUACCGAUUCUAAACUUGGUAGCUCAACUGAACAUGAAAACAUCAGCUGCUAUAUCAUCCUUCAUGGUAACUGGUGGCUCUCUAGCCAAUGUUAUCUACAGUUUAUCACAAAGGCACCUCAAAUUUAGAGACAAACCUCUAACUGAUUAUGAUAUAGCCAUGCUAUCAGAGCCAUGCAUGCUUUUAGGUGUGAGUUUAGGGGUGAUCUGCAAUGUUAUGUUCCAGUGGCUCGUCACUAUUCUCUUGGGGAUUUUUCUGACAUGCUGUACUUUCGCGACCUGCAAGGUGGGUGUGUGUCGUUGGAAUAGAGAGAGUGGUGCUUUGCUUUUGCUGGAAAAUGAAGAUGGAUGUGUUCUUGAUGAUGUUGCACCAGUCAAUGGCGAAGGGCCACAGACUCCGCUCUUGGCGGAAGAGAGAGAAGUGGGCCGAGUUCUUCCUUUAAAAAAAUUGGAGGUUCUGGUUACUGUGUGGGUGAGUUUCCUCCUUCUGCAUGUAUGGCAAGGAGAUCGACAUGGCCAGAAUGAGAGGCCAAAACAUCUCCAUGUGAACCCACAGGACGAUGUGAUGGUUUUGGAGGGGAGACAAUCCCCAAAUCUUGCGUUUCCCAUAGUGGCAUUCUCAUCGGGUGUUUUGGGUGGGUUAUUUGGGAUUGGAGGAGGAAUGAUUAUAAACCCUGCUCUUCUCCAAAUCGGAAUUUCACUGCAGGUAACAGCGGCCACAUGCUCUUUCAUGGUGUUGUUCUCUUCCUCCAUGUUAGCGGUCCUAUACCUGUUGCUUGGCCUUCAACCUUUAGACCAUGCACUGUGUUUUGCUGCCAUGUGCUUCUUCUCUUCCUUGUUGGGACUCCUUUUGGUACAAAGUGCCAUUCAAAAGUAUGGGAGGGUCUCACUCAUUAUAUUUUCAGUUGGGACAGGCAUGGCAAUAAGCACUCUUAAUCACCACCUUGUUCUCUUUUCCCUUUUCCCACAAAGUGGGCCAAGUUGAGCUGAA